UUGGGAAUAACCAAUGGUAUGUAACUACAACGGAAGCGUAAGGGAAGGCUGAAGAAAUGGGAGUCAAGAUAGAAAUUUUCCGGAUGAUGCUGUACCUUUCCUUCCCUGUGGCCAUGUUCUGGAUCUCAAAUCAGCCAGAGUACUUUGAGGAGUAUGUGGUGAAGAGAAAGAGGGAGAUCUGCCCCCCCGAUGAGGAUAUACGGAGAAAAGAGUUGGAGGACUUCAAAGAGCGCAUGAGGGAGCUUCGGGAGCAACGACUGCUGAAACAGGCUGGGCUAGCAUCAAAAGAGUGAGGAAGAGGAGCCCAAAUAGGCAGGAGACUGAUACCAGCCCACCAUAGAGAAUUUGAGAUCCUUGAGGGGAUUCUUUGGAAGUGAAGAAUGGAGAGGGAUUAAUGGGGUACUAUGGUGCCACGAAAGCGGGCCCCAGUAAUUGGUGCAUGAUUAGGUAUAACAUACCCUGCUUUUAUAGUCACCUUGGGGCACUAUAAGCAAGAUAUUUAAGUCCAUUCUUUUUUUUCUUUUUUUUUAAAAUCACAGCAGUGUGGUGUUGGUUUCUAAGU